AUGGCUUUACCAUUGUUUGGAAAUCUAUUGGAAUUUCUUUAUGAUUUUCCUUUUGUGGUGUUUCAAAAGAUGAAUCAAAAGUAUGGUGAAGUCAUUGGAUUUUGGUUUGGAUCAAAAUAUGUUAUUGUGGUUUCAGAUCCAAAGUUGGGAAGAGAAAUGAUAUGUAAUUACAAUGAUAAUUUUCUAAAUAAACCAGAAUCUCCAACAUGGAAACAGAUAUCUGGUGGAUAUAGAAACUUGUUUUUCGCCAGAGAUCAAGAUUGGUAUUGUAUAAAGAAACUUACAUGCAAUGCUUUCACCAAAACCAAAUUGAAGUCUCAAGUACCUUUGAUAGAACAACAAUCCACUAAACUAAUCAACUCCUUUAAAUCAAAUUCGAAAAAUUAUGAAAUUUUUGAUCCAAUGGAAAUAUGUUAUAAAUAUUCAACAAAUAUUAUUCUUCAAAUUUUAGUUUCCAAAGAAUUGUCAUAUGAAGAAGAUGAUAAUGAAAAUGAAAUGAAGAAUAUAUCCUAUUAUUGUGAUAAAGAAAUAUAUUUAAAUGAUUCUUUAAUAUUAAAGAAAUAUAUUUAA